GUUAUUCGCACUUUUUGUACUUAAAUCUACGCUUUCUCUCUUUCUUUUCAACGCUCGAAUGUAUAUUUAUCUCGUUUUAAAUGCAAAAAUUUUGGAACUUUCAAACAACGUAUACGAGAUAAAGAUUACCGCGUUAUGUAUUCAAUACAAAUAAAAGAAUUUUUGAUAUUUUUAGCAUUAAAAAGAGCAAACACAAAAUCGACAAUCUCAUGCCGAUCAUUUUAACAUCUACACUACUCUUGUCGGGAUGUAACCAUGUAACAAUUCUGCUUGAUCAUUGUGGUUUGAAGAUUACAUCGUAUAAAUAGAGAGGCGUGGUGAAAAACAGGAUAUAAGCAUAUAAGUCGUUUAAGUGUUACAACACAUUGCACGAGAUGCCUCGCGUCGCUGUGGUAACUGGUGGAAACAAGGGUAUUGGCUUUGCCAUUGUCAAAGCUCUCUGUCAAGAGUAUAAUGGAACUGUGUACCUAACAGCUCGUGACAACACUCGUGGCUUGAAUGCUGUCAGUGAACUGAAAAAACAGGGUUUGAAUCCACAGUUCCAUCAAUUGGACAUCAACGAUGACGACAGUGUUACACAAUUCCGGGAUUAUUUGAAGAACACGUAUGGUGGCCUUGACGUGCUGGUUAACAAUGCUGCCAUAGCAUUUAAAAAUAAUGCUACGGAACCUUUUGGAUUACAAGCAGAAGAAACAAUACGAGUGAACUACUUCAGCUUGCGUAGAGUGUGUACCGCACUUUAUCCAUUACUCAGACCGCAUGCCCGAGUAGUUCACCUCUCAAGCAGUGCUGGACGUCUGCGCAACAUUACUGGCGACGCAUUAAAACAGAAAUUAGCCGAUUCGAAUUUGACUGAAACGGAAUUGGAUAAAAUUAUGCAAGAGUUUGUCGAUGCUGCAAAAUCUAACACUCAUUUACAAGCUGGUUGGUCAAAUUCAGCAUAUGUGGCGAGUAAGAUUGGUGUAAGUGCCUUAGCUGGUAUUCACCAAUCUAUGUUUAAUGCGGAUUCUCGAGAGGAUAUUGUGGUGAACGCCGUACAUCCUGGUUAUGUGGAUACUGAUAUGACCAGUCACCAGGGACCUUUGACACCAGAUCAAGGAGCUGAAGCCCCUGUCUACUGUGCACUGUUGCCGGAGAAUACAGAUAUAAAAGGAAAAUUUAUUUGGUAUGAUAAGACCGUAUCAGAAUGGAAGUAAAAAAAUUAUAUAUACACACUCACAGAACGAAUGGAUAAACAAUAUUGUACUUAUCAUUCCUAUAAUAUAUAAUAAUAAUCCAUCUAUAAUUGAUGUAGUAAACCUUAAGUUGAAAGUAAGAAAAGUAAAAAAUCCAUCAAUCACAGUCAAACGUGAGGAGAAUAAUUGAUUAUUGGUUGUUUUCUUACGGCUUAAGGCUUACUAAACCUUUUUGUAGAUUGAUUCUAACACAAGUAGAUAUAGUAGAAGUACUAUAUUCAUUAUUUUUAUCACAUUAAAUAUGCACAAUAAAAAAA